AUGUACUUGGGACCAGGCGCGGAUCACAAGGCAUGGCGUGUAUGGGACUUGGAGCACGGGAAGAUCGUGGUGUCGCGCGACGUGGUGUUCUAUGAAGACACCUUCCCAUGCAAGUCCAUGACUGUGCCCUCGGUCAUCAUCAUCCCUCCUCCCUUGGAUGCCGUGGAUGAGGCGGAUGAAGCUCCUACGGGUUCUCCUCCUAGUACGAAUGAGGGGGAGACUGGAUCGGGUGCAUUUGGAGUGAGUGGGGAUGAAGGAAAUGCCAAAGAAAAUGACCCUUCGUCUCCUCCUCCUACUAUCACUCCCACCCUCGCAUCCACUCGCACUCGGCGGAACCCUCAUCCCAACUCCAAGUAUGAUGGCUAUUCUCUUGUGGCGGGGGACGAUGAGGGAGGGGGAGAUGCCAUGUGUCUUGAGGCAUACACCGACACCCCGUCCACCUACCAAGGCGCCAUGAGCUCAGCGGAAUCGGUGGAAUGGGAGCGAGUGAGACGGUUUCCUUCAGGCGCGCCUCGCGCACCUCUCUGUCUGCAACUGCCAGCGCCUUCUCCCGCCUCCCCGCCGCCGUUUCCCGCCUACCCGCCUCCACGUGUUCAAGCUCUUGCCUUGCGCGUCUCUCUACGCGCUUCGUGUGACCUCGCGGCGCUCCCUCUGUUGCACUCGCUGCUGCUGGACGGGUGCUCCACGCUGGCGGAGCUUCCUGCGGGACUGGCGCACGAGAGGGGGCUGCGCCACGUAGAUGUGCGCGGGUGCGGGCCGGUGGGAGAGGGCACGGAGGUGGGCGUGUGCGAGCGGUCCGUCCUCGUGGAGCGGGAGCGGCGCGAAUGGGGCGGUCAGUCCUCGUACAUGAUGGGGGCGACGGGGGCAACGGGGGCGACGGAGGCGAUGGAGGCGACAGGAGCGACGGGGGCGACGGGGACGAUGCCCAUGUACACAGCGGGGGACAGGCAGGUGCAGUGGGGGACAGACAGGAGGGAGUUGAUGGAGGAGAGGGCGUGGAAGGAGGUGGGAGAGCGAGAGAAGGAGAGCGAGGCGGAAGCAGAAGGUGAGGAAGAAGCAGAAGGCGAGGGGAGAGCAGAAUGCAAGGGGGAAGCAGAAGGCGAUGGGGAAGCAAAAGGCGAGGCGGAAGCAGAAGGCGAGGGGGAAGAAGAAGGCGAGGGGGAGGAGGAUUCUGUGUGGGAGGUAGAGUCUGUAGGGGAGGUAGAGUCCGUGGGGGAGGAGGAUUUUGUGGGGGAGGAUGAGAUGCAGCAAGGAGGAAACAAGGGGGAACGAGGAAGGAGAGGAGGAAUGCGAGGAGAGAGGGAGAGAGGAAGGGAAGGGGGGGAGGAGGGAAGGAGUGAGGUGAGGGAGGAGGGUGAGCAGCAAGGGGAUGAAGGAGGAGGGGGCGGACAGGGAGGGCUUGGGGAGGAUGCGGAUGGUUGGUGGCGCAGAGUGUUUGGGCGAGCAGGCAACACAAGAGAGUUUGCAAGGUUGUGCCAGGGAGGUCAGGGGAAGCAGGGAGUAGGGAGGGGCGAAGAGGGGAGGGCAGGAAGGCGGGAGAGCAAGGGAAAUGGCAGCAGCUUGCAAUCCACCUCAGCUCCAUCCUUCCACCCCUUCAUCCCGCCUGCGCUCCAUCCCUCCACCCCUUCAUCCCUCCACCCCUUCAUCCCUCCUCCACCCCUUCAUCCCUCCUCCACCCUUUCAUCCCUCCACCCCUUCACCCCUCCACCCCUUCACCCCUCCACCCCUUCACCCCUCCACCCCUUCACCCCUCCACCCCUUCAAACCUCCACGCCUUCACCCCUCCACGCCUUCACCCCUCCACGCCUUCACCCCUCCACGCCUUCACCUCUCCACGCCUUCACCCCUCCACGCCUUCACCCCUCCACACCUUCACCCCUCCACGCCUUUCACUCCUCCACGCCUUCACUCCUCUUUCAGCAACAUGCGUAG